AUGCCGCCGCAGCAUUACACCCCCACCCAUCACCCGCAUCCGAUCCUUACUGACCCAGCCCACCUGGCCGGGCACCCCUCGGCCCGACACUUGGGGCAUCCGGGACCGUCCCAUUUUGGCGCCGGCCCCUCUCCCCAUGCUGUCGUGACGCCCCUCUAUCAGCCUCUGACCCCGACGCACGGGCACACGGGAGGGGUGAAGCGGUCACGGCCCGACGAUCUCGACCUCUCUGUACCCGGCAUGCCCGUCCUCGAGCACAGCAAUCUCGAGCCGAUGCAACAGACACCGCUGGGUGCCGCUUACGCACAAGCACCCGCACCGCCAACACAUCACCACCAUCGGCUGCCGGAUACGGGGCCGCCAAGCAAGCUCAUGCGACGGGAGGGGGACAGUAGCGGUGGAGGAGGAGGAGGAGGAGCCCCAAGCAUGGUUGGGCAAGCCGGGAUGCCACCACCAGCUCCGCGGCCGAAAGGGCCGAAGCUGAAGUUUACGCCCGAGGACGAUCAGCUCCUUAUCGAUCUCAAGGAGAACAAAAACCUGACGUGGAAACAAAUUGCCGACUUCUUCCCUGGACGUUCGAGCGGGACACUCCAGGUGCGCUAUUGUACGAAGCUCAAGGCCAAAACGACCCAGUGGACAGAGGAAAAGGACCAAAAACUCAGAACGGCGCUUCAGGACUACGAGAACGAAAAGUGGCGCAUCAUCGCAAACAAGGUCGGCACCGGUUUCACCCCGGCAGCUUGUCGCGAGAGGGCGGCGCAGCUGUCCGGCGAGAGCUUAUAG